CCCCUGGCUUUUUAUAGUGACCUAGACAGUCCUCAAGGAAGACUGUCCAAGGUACUUUCCUCUGGCAGGGAAGGUUUGUCUUGCAAAACUGUGUGGGUAAUCUCAGUAUUCUGCUGUGUAACUGGUUCUAGCACAAAAGGCACAGUGUAAGUCAGACUGUAUCUCCCGGGCAAUGCAAUUAGCAUAGUGACUCACAGGUCCCCAAAUGUGGCCCAUGGCCUUUGAGUGCUAUAAACUCUUAGCAAAUGCUAGCAUGAGUAACAUCACAAUCUUUCUGUUCCAGGUUGACAACAUUAUGAUUUAAGAACUAAUUUCAGAAGAUAGUCCAGUGGGUGCUGAUUGCUUACUGUCCAUCUUUAUGUUGUCAUAGAUCAGGAUUUAUAGUUCUCAGCCCUGUUCCUUUUGCACUCUUGCAUUCCGCCUCAAAAUUUCUAGUGAAGUUAUUUCUUUUCUCUUGAAUAAAAAAAUGCCCAUCUUGAUCACACCUAACUUUUUCCUUUUGUGCUGACGAUAAUCUCAAAGACAAUAUCGAUGAAGUGUUAGGGAAACUUUUGUUUGUUUCCUAUAUGAACAUUAUUUUCUGUACCUAUCAAUGUACAGCCAGAUAAGUAGAUUUGUUGUUACAAAGUAGAAAACAACUAGAAGUACUGCAAGGGCUUGCAGGAAAAGCAGCUCUUGAUGAGAAUGAACAUUUUUAGUGUGGCUAUUACAGAAAACAAUAUACAGAUUCCUCAAUCAAAUGAAAAUAAAUUUUAUACUGUUUAUUAAUCCCAUUACUGAGAUUAUAUCCAACAUAACUGAGAAUGAUAUGUCUUUGUUAGGGUUUCCAUUGCUGGGAACAGACACCAUAACAACGGCAACCUUUACAAAAGACAACAUUUAAUUGGGGCUGGUUCACAGAUUCAGCGGUUCAGUCCUUAAUCAUCAAGGCAGGAAGCAUCGCAGCAUCCAAGUGGGCAUGGCACUAGAGAAACCAAGAGUUCCACAUCUUGUUGCAAAGGAAGACUGGAGAAGACUGUCCCCAGCUAGCUAGGAGGAGGGUCUCAAAGCCCACCCCCACAGUGACACACUUCCUCCAACAAGACCAUAGCUCCUAAUAGUGGCAUUCCCUAGGCCAAGCAUAUUCAAAUCACAUUACACUACCUGGCUGUCAUAGGUCUAUGUCAAAGCACUCAUCUGAGAAUCCAGCUUCUUUCUGCAUCAGUGUCUGCAACACAGUUCUUUCUUUUGAACUGGUUCCACUGUUAGCAGCUUUCCUCAGCAGGUAUCCUAUAACUCUGACAUCUCUAACAUUAUGGGGAAUCCAAGGAUCCUUCACUUUUACAGCUUCUUGUUUCAAUGCCUGAGAGGAGCACAUGAUCUUCUGGGCUUCUCAAAACACCCUGGGUCACUUCUCCAGUUCUGCCUUCGUUAGCACUCUGUGCUCUGGUUGACUCCUCUCCACUGCUGCUGCUGUUCUUGGUGCUUAUGCCAUGGGACUGGCGUCUCUAAUGCAAUGGGUCUUCUUUUGUAACUCGGCUUCACCAAUAACCUCUUGUAGGCUAUUCACAGUGCCAAGCCUUAGCUGCUCUUUGUGAUUUCCCUCAUGGUGUCAAAACCAGCACUACCUCAGUGACUCAAACGUUACCAAGUCCAACUGCACCACAAAGGACCAGCCUUGCUUAUUUCUGUUCACAAUUCUGUGUGCUCUCAGAAAACACUUCCCAGAAGAUUUCACCUCGGUGAUGUUGGUCUCUUCUUAAUCCCCCUAAUUUCUUAGGCAAUUGUCCUCCUAGCAGUCCCUUCUAUUUUUGACUCUAAAACCAGAACUGCUUGCUGGCGCUGAAACAUGGCCCCUUACUCUAUUACAUUAUUGCCAGCUUUCUGUUUUUCCAACUCCUCACUGCUAAGCUUGGCUGUCUUGGAACUUAGCAACAAUGCCUCACCUCCUAAUAGUGUCACAUCCAGGGCCAAACAUAUUUAAACUACUGUAUUAUGUUCAAAGGUAGCUUGUUUAGAAUAGUAAUGUUCUUAGUACACAGGAUAUUGAAUCAAUGGAAGCAUCUUAGUUAUUUUCUGUUGUUGUAAUAAAGUAUCCUGAAAGAGUAAUUGUGAGUCAGAAAGACUUGGCUUCUUCCAUUAUGUUAAGUAUACGUUCCAUUAUGGUGUGAAACUCAAGGCAGUAUGAGUCUAAAACAACUGCUCAAAUUGUGUGGGUCCUCAGAAGGAUGACCAUAAUGAUUGUGUGUACUUAGCUGGCUUUUUACCUCAUUUUCAACUAUAAGGUUUUUGGUUCUGCUCUGCUUUGUGUGUUGAGGCAUAGUCUCCUCAUGUAGCCCUGACUGCCCUUUAACUCUGAGGUGUGUAGACCAGACUUAUCUGGAACUCACGUAGAUUCUCCUGCCUCUGCAUCGUGAGUUCUGGGAAUACAGGCAUGGGCCUCCUCAACCAUUGGAAAUAAUCUUAAAUAAAAUAUUUUAUUUAUCCUUUUAGAAUUUAGUAUAUGUAUACAAUGCAUUCUGCUCCAAUUCACCUCUUCCAACUCCUCUUAGAUCCGUUUCCGAAGCCUCCAGUUCCUCUUUUUAAAAAGUAAUCCAUUGAAUCCUGUUUGUCUUUUCUGUAUAUUGAUGACGGAGCUGUCUACUGGCACAUUAUCUUCUUACAAAGGGCCACAUUCUUAAUCUAAACCUCUGCUUUCCCUAGCGGCUAACAACUAUUGAUAGUUGUCACCUAGAUGAGUGAGCUUUUGCCAGGGUUGAUCCACCUGAUGCAGUUCUCAUGAAGUCAACCACAGCAGCUGUGAGUGAUGCAAUUGCUGAAAUUCGAGCCAUCUGUAUUGAAGAAAUUGGAGUAUGGAUGAAAAUGUAUAGCGAUGCCUUCCUCAAUGACAGUUACCUGAAAUAUGUAGGAUGGACUCUUCAUGAUAGGCAAGGUGAAGUCAGACUGAAGUGUUUGAAAGCUCUACAAAGCCUGUAUACCAAUAGAGAAUUAUUCCCCAAAUUGGAGCUGUUUACUAAUCGAUUCAAGGAUCGCAUUGUAUCAAUGACUCUUGACAAAGAAUAUGAUGUUGCUGUGGAAGCCAUCCGGUUGGUUACUCUGAUACUUCAUGGAAGUGAAGAAGCUCUUUCCAAUGAAGACUGUGAAAACGUCUACCAUUUGGUGUACUCAGCACAUCGCCCUGUUGCUGUGGCAGCUGGAGAGUUUCUGCACAAAAAGCUGUUUAGCAGACAUGACCCACAAGCUGAGGAAGCAUUAGCAAAGAGAAGAGGAAGAAACAGUCCAAAUGGGAACCUCAUUAGGAUGCUUGUUCUUUUCUUUCUUGAAAGUGAGUUACAUGAACAUGCAGCCUACUUGGUGGACAGCUUGUGGGAGAGCUCUCAAGAACUGUUGAAAGACUGGGAAUGUAUGACAGAGUUACUAUUAGAAGAACCUGUUCAAGGAGAGGAAGCCAUGUCUGACCGUCAGGAGAGCGCUCUUAUAGAGCUAAUGGUCUGUACAAUUCGUCAAGCAGCUGAGGCACAUCCUCCAGUGGGAAGGGGAACCGGCAAGAGAGUGCUAACAGCCAAAGAAAGGAAAACUCAAAUUGAUGAUAGAAAUAAAUUAACUGAACAUUUUAUCAUUACACUUCCUAUGUUACUAUCAAAGUAUUCUGCAGAUGCAGAGAAGGUAGCGAACUUGCUGCAGAUUCCACAGUAUUUUGAUCUGGAAAUCUACAGCACAGGUCGGAUGGAAAAGCACCUGGAUGCUUUAUUAAAACAGAUUAAGUUUGUUGUAGAGAAACAUGUAGAGUCAGAUGUCCUAGAAGCCUGCAGUAAAACCUACAGCAUUUUAUGCAGUGAAGAGUACACCAUUCAAAAUCGAGUCGAUAUUGCUCGGAGCCAGCUCAUUGAUGAAUUUGUAGAUCGAUUCAAUCAUUCUGUAGAAGACCUAUUGCAAGAGGGUGAAGAAGCUGAUGAUGAUGAUAUCUACAAUGUUCUUUCCACCUUAAAGCGUUUAACUUCUUUUCACAAUGCUCAUGAUCUCACUAAAUGGGAUCUGUUUGGUAAUUGCUACAGACUAUUGAAGACUGGAAUUGAACAUGGAGCUAUGCCAGAACAGAUAGUCGUACAAGCACUGCAGUGUUCCCAUUACUCAAUUCUUUGGCAGCUGGUGAAAAUUACUGAUGGUUCUCCUUCCAAAGAGGAUUUGUUGGUGUUGAGGAAAACAGUGAAAUCUUUUUUGGCUGUUUGCCAGCAGUGCCUGUCUAAUGUUAAUACUCCAGUUAAGGAACAGGCUUUCAUGCUACUCUGUGAUCUUUUAAUGAUUUUUAGCCACCAGUUAAUGACAGGUGGCAGAGAAGGCCUUCAGCCUUUGGUGUUUAAUCCAGACACGGGACUGCAGUCUGAACUCCUCAGUUUUGUGAUGGAUCAUGUUUUUAUUGACCAAGACGAGGAAAACCAAAGCAUGGAGGGCGAUGAAGAAGAUGAAGCUAAUAAAAUUGAAGCCUUACAUAAAAGAAGGAACCUACUUGCUGCCUUUAGCAAACUUAUCAUUUACGAUAUUGUUGACAUGCAUGCAGCUGCAGACAUCUUUAAACACUACAUGAAGUAUUACAAUGACUAUGGUGAUAUUAUUAAGGAAACCCUGAGUAAGACCAGGCAGAUUGAUAAGAUUCAGUGUGCUAAGACUCUCAUUCUCAGUCUACAACAGUUGUUUAAUGAACUUGUUCAAGAACAAGGUCCUAAUCUGGAUAGGACAUCGGCCCAUGUCAGUGGAAUUAAAGAACUGGCACGUCGUUUUGCCCUUACAUUUGGAUUGGACCAGAUCAAGACCCGAGAAGCAGUUGCCACACUUCACAAGGAUGGAAUAGAGUUUGCCUUUAAAUACCAGAAUCAGAAAGGACAAGAGUAUCCACCUCCUAAUCUGGCUUUUCUUGAAGUACUAAGUGAAUUUUCUUCUAAACUCCUUCGACAGGACAAGAAAACUGUCCAUUCCUAUCUUGAAAAAUUCCUCACUGAGCAGAUGAUGGAAAGGAGGGAGGAUGUAUGGCUUCCACUCAUCUCGUAUAGAAAUUCGUUAGUCACUGGGGGUGAAGACGACAGAAUGUCUGUGAACAGUGGAAGUAGCAGCAGUAAAACUUCCUCAGUGCGCAGUAAGAAAGGAAGACCCCCACUGCACAGAAAACGAGCAGAAGAUGAAAGUCUGGAUAACACAUGGCUAAAUAGGACUGACACAAUGAUUCAGACUCCUGGACCCUUGCCAACCCCACAGCUCACCUCCACUGUACUUAGAGAGAACAGCCGUCCCAUGGGAGAGCAGAUUCAGGAGCCUGAGUCUGAGCAUGGUUCUGAACCAGACUUUUUACACAAUCCCCAGAUGCAGAUCUCUUGGUUAGGCCAGCCGAAGUUAGAAGACUUGAAUCGGAAGGACAGAACAGGAAUGAACUACAUGAAAGUGAGAGCUGGAGUAAGGCAUGCUGUUCGGGGUCUAAUGGAGGAAGAUGCUGAGCCCAUCUUUGAAGAUGUGAUGAUGUCAUCACGGAGCCAGUUAGAAGACAUGAAUGAAGAAUUUGAAGACACCAUGGUUAUUGAUUUGCCCCCAUCAAGAAAUCGGCGAGAGCGAGCUGAGCUAAGGCCAGACUUCUUUGACUCUGCAGCUAUCAUAGAAGAUGAUUCAGGAUUUGGAAUGCCUAUGUUCUGAAGUCUGAAGAAAAUUUACAAAUCUGGAACUCUAUUAUUUAGAGCUAGAGGCCUAUAUACUGUGAUAGCUUGUAUGGGGGAGAAAACACUUUUGAUGUGAUCUUAUUUGUUUUGUAAUCAAAUGAUUAAAGGUUGGUCCCUUUUGCAGUGACAGAGCAGCAUGUCAGUCACCCAUGGAAAUAUUUGUGAAUGUCACCUCGGAAAGACUGACCAAAAAAAUCAUUUGUACUCUAAUGUUGGACUUAUCUCAGUACAGAUGUGUGUGUGUUUUUCUGAAAGGAGGAAGAUAUUUUAAAUUUUUAAAACAACUGUCAAAAUAAACACUGUUAUACACCUGUUUUAUGAAAAUUCAGCAUUGAGUAAAAAAAAAAUAUUUUUAACUUUAUUUUCCUGUUGUACAAUUUAAAAACCGUUUUAACAUUUUGCCUUUUUAUGUUUUAAAAGCUAACCAUUUUUAUUAAACUAUGAGUAAGCAGCUCGUUCUAAUCGCCGAAGAGUGUUUUUGGAGUUCGCUGGGUUUUCUUGACCUUGUAAAGCAGACGUUGAAGGAACAGAGCAUGGACAAGCUAAAAUAGAGUUCUAACAUCGUGCAUCUCUGCCAAAAACCACAUGCCCUCUGUGGGUGGAUAUGAAUCCCCAGAUUUUAUAUACUCUUGAAUAAAAAGGUUUAUUUUUAUUUAUAAGUGGGCAUAAAGUGCCCAUGCAGCCAUUUUUCCAACAGAUGCUGUACACCGUUCAUUUUCUAUAGGAUAGUGAGAUUCAAAUACAGUGCAUUUUCUAUUGGUCUUUGUUCUGUACAUUUUUAGCAACUUCUACCAGCAAAUAAAGUAUUCUCAGUAAAACAAAAUGGUUCUCAAGUUAUCGGUCUCACUGUUGUUAACACUUGUUUCAUACCCUGCCAAAAGUCACGUUACACAGACUUCCGUUUUCUUAGAAUCAUGAAAUUUUUCUUUGUCAUUCAGAAGUUAAUUUUAAGGCGUGUAACGUAACUGUCUUCUUCCCAUGCACUCAAUACCCCCUCAACCCGCUAAUUUUGUGAAAUUGUUUACCAAUCAUAGAUGUAUGUGCUGCAUAGAAGUCUGUGCUUAGAGGGUGGCAAUUCUGAGCUUACCUUGAAAUACAGCUACAUUUCAGUGUUAAGUGUGCAUAUUAAGAGAAAUUCUUUUGGAGAAAGAAAUUGACUCUUCGGGACAGUCUUCAGUGGCUUAGAGUUACACUCCGCUUAUGUUUAUGACUUGCUAUUGUUUAAGAGUCCACAUAGCUUUUCCCUGAUUUUAGUGUAGGCUUCCAAAUUUCUAAGCCAGUCUGUCCACAACUGUUUCUGGGCUGGUUUUUAAAAUAGCUGCGACAGAAUCGAGAGGCUUUCCCUUUUUACCAAAAAUGAACAUUUUUUAAAAAUAUAUGAACUCUAUGAUUAUCUUUUGUGUGGAAAAAUAAAACAUGAUUUUAUUCAUCCUUUUAGUAGACAAGAUUUUUCUCAACAUUUGUACAGUUCAGAGAUUUAAAAAAACAAAAAACAAACCUUGGUCACCAAAAACGUUUUACCUACUAACUCAGCAAGUCCUAGGCUCUGGUUAAGACAUCUGGGGCCCCGCUCUCUCCUAGCAAUGUGGGCUUCACUGGAACUCAAGGGCAGGAAUGAAUGGACUAUACACCUCAGCCCUGCCUCACUGUAGUUCUCGGCCAGGGACCCAGCUUUGAGGAGCCCUGGAAUAAGCACAGAUAAUCCUUUGACUGUCAGUCUCCUGUGAACAACACAUGCUGAUUUAAGGGUUACAGACUACCAUGUAACAACAAAGACGGCUUAAUCUCUACUCCAGUGGGUUUCCAAGUUCAGUUUGAAGUCAAUCAAAUUUUUGUAUUUUCAGUGUCUCCUUGAUUGGUUUUGCUAGUAAUUCUGUAAAUUGUACAUUUGCAAUAUGAUGUUUUUUUUUCCUUUUGUACAAUUUGAAACUGAUGCUUCACCUUUCCUUUAAUAAACUAUUCAAAAUCA